AUGCAGACUCCAUUCAGCAUCCCGGUUCCGAUCCAGUCCGGCGGCCGCAGCUUCGACAUGUGGCGGGACUACUUGAAGCUGGGAGCGCUGCUGUGCGCCCGGCGGGAGGCUGACGGCGGGGACCCGGAUCGGCCCAGAGAGACGGAACCGGGGCCGCGGGCCAGCAUCCAGACCCCACCUCGGGGCAGCAGGGGCAGGAGGUCCGCGGGGACCAGCUCGGCCAGCAGCCAGUCGGGGGACAGCAGCAGCAGCAGCAGCGGCAGCAGCAGCAGCGGGACCUGCGGGGACUACUGCCGCUUCUGCAGGCAGAACGGGGAGACCCUCGCGGUGUACCGCUCACACAGGCUCAAGUCCGACUCCGGGAGAGUCACCUGCCCCAUCCUGCGGAGCUACACCUGCCCCACGUGCGGAGCCUCCGGGGAUGACGCGCACACGCGCCGGUACUGUCCGCAGGCGCGGCGCCUGGAGGCUGGCGGGAUGCUGCCAGGCUCCAGCCUGGGGUGA